GCUAGGGAGGUGGGGUCAGGUGUCCUCUGGUUAACGAGUCUCUGGUUAAUUUUUAUUUCGUGCGAUUUUGUGAUAGAAAUUUUGAAAAAAUAUUCAGUUAUAGACUGCUCUUCUAAAAAUUGUUUGAUAUAAAGUGACUUAUCAAUUAUUUUUUUUUGUAUUUAUGGUGUUCGUCCUGUUUAAAUCUAAUUUUAAUCCUAUCUUAAACAUAAAAUAUUUAGAAUUUCAUCUGGCCUUAGGCCCAAGUACUUUUUUUGCCACUGGGUUCAUAAUUGUUGCCAAGCUCGAAUAUUGACACUUCUCUGUUUGUUCCGAUAUUCAUCACUGAGAUUUUGUCUGGACCCUCCAACUAGCAGAACAGGAUUCAAUUUUGUAUUGUGCUAAAAAUUAGUUGUCUACUCUUUGAUUAUGCCUGGAGUGAAAGGCUUGAAUGAGAGUGAAGGAGAAGAAAUGGACCAAGAAACAGCCGAAAGUGAAAAAAGCAGCAAUGAUGAUACUGACUCUUCAUCAGGAUCAGGUUCAGAGGAUGACAGUAGUUCAGAAAUGGAUGAAGAAAGCUGUGACAAGAGAAGGAAUGAAUGUUUGCAACAAAUGGCAGAAUUGGAAAGACAAUUUGUUCACAUGAAAGAGCAGUUAUAUGAAGAACGAAGUUCUCAAGUGGAAUUGCGAUUAGAAGAAGUAAAAAUAGGAGUGGCCUUAGAAUAUACUCAGCCUCUUGAAGAACUACACCAAAAUUUAAAGAAUCGCUUAGAAGUUUCAGAUAUUUUAAAAGAAUUAAGACUAGUGAAUAUAAAACAUAUACACGAAGCUGAAAAUCAAGCAUCAAAGCAAAACCUUGAGAGUGAAAAGGCUUUAUUGUGGGAUUCUAUAAAAUGUGAUCUUGAAGACAAAAUACGAAGAUUGGAGGAAGAUCGUAAUAGUGUAGAUAUCACUUCAGAUUUGUGGAAUGAGCAAGUGAACCAUAAACGAAACAAGCGGAAAGCUGAUCCUCAUUCUUUGGGGAAAAGGAAAAAACCUGUCACUGUGUCAGGCCCAUAUAUUGUGUAUAUGUUACAUGAAAAUGAUAUUUUGGAAGACUGGACCACUAUUCGGAAGGCUUUAAAAGCUUCAAAACAAAGCAGCGAAUAUGAAUUCAGUGCUCCUGAAAGAAUAAGUGCCCGUUUUGCCGAUGGGAAAUUGUUAUUCAAAGGAGAUUCAUUUAGAAAAGGGGAAACCGUCUUUGUAGAUGACAAGAUAGAAAAACCAUGGCUAGCCCAUGUGAUAUCUGUCAAUACCAGUGAAGUUCUUCUCCAGAAAACUGAUGGGACAUGGGCAAGGAUUGGCAUUAGUGACUUGCAAGGUGGCAAAUACAACAUUCGUCAUGAACUUUCAUGAGCACGAAAACUUUAAAACAUCUGAACAGAUUUUAUCAUCGUUUUAUUUUUUAUUCUCACAUCAAACAUUUGUUAUCACAUAUGUAAAUAUGUAAAGAAAUUUAUUAUAAAAAUAAUAUGAAAUUUU